CACUCAGCAACUGCAAGCGAUGCACCGCCGCCUUGCCACCGCGGCCGCCGCGCCGGCGCUCCGGCGGCUCUCGCUCCACAGCGCGCCACCGCGGCCUGACCCAAAGCUUGCCUUCAUCCGCUCCGAGCUCGACGACCUCUCCCUCUCCUCCUCCCAUAAACCACCACCACGACCUCCACCUAGCGACCAACGCCAAGUGACAGAAGGGCCAAGAAGCGGUCUUGCUCGUGCCGGAGGCGCACCGGCCGCCGUGGAUAUAGCGCAUCCGUGGCCGGAGUGGGUCGCUCUGAUGGAGCUUCUCCUCCGGCGGGGCCACGUCGACCCCUCCGCCUUCGCCGCCAGCUCGCCGUCUUCUAAGGACGCCAACGCUGUCCGCACCGCCUGCCUCCGUUUUGGGCGCGAGCAGCCUGAGCUCAUCAGGCAUAUAUCGAGAUGGGACAUUCAAGUCGCCCUGCGAUGUGGUUGCCCCAGCAUUGACAGGAAGGUUGUAAAUUCUGGGAAGCGAUUGCGGGCUUAUGUAGGCCUUGAUGAAGGGGAGGUUUGCAGUCAAUGCAAUUUAAGAGGAAGUUGCGAGAGGGCAUAUGUAAAGGCUCGGAAAGAAGAAGUUGGAAGGACUGUGGAUGUUAUACGCAUCCUUUUGACUUAUGGUCUUGAUGUUAUUACUGACAAUGUAGAGAACAGAGCAUGCCUGAACAAAACUGUCAAGGAAUCAAUAAAGAGCCUACUAAAUGAGGUUGUCGAGGUCGAUUCUAGGGGACCAGGUUCCAGCACUGCUAAAUCUGCACAGCUCAAAUGUCAAUCAUCUUUACCCAGGAAGCAGGGUGAUUGGAAUUGUCCCAAAUGUGACUUCCUGAACUUUGCAAAGAAUAUCAAAUGUUUGCGCUGCGAUGGAGAAUUCCAAGAGAGGUAUCGGUUGCAGCAUGAAGACCAAGAGCAUCUACCUCUCAAAAAGGGUGACUGGAUAUGCAAAAGGUGCAACUUUUUGAAUUUUGCAAAGAAUACAAGAUGCUUGCAAUGCCAUGAGAAACCAACAAACCGUUUACUCAAUCCAGGAGAAUGGGAAUGCAUCUCGUGUAACUAUGUGAACUUCAAGAGGAACGCAUUCUGCUUGAAAUGUUGUUGGAAAAGACCAAAAUCUCUGAACAGUCAAGAUUCUAUCGAAUCACGUCAUGAUUUAGAGCAUAGUAGGAAUCCCACUAUUUCAUUUGUUCAAGAUGGCAUCCGGUCGAAGAAGUGGCAAAUUCCACAGAAGAAUGCUCCACUAUCUGAUGAAGAUUCAGAUUUCUGGAGCGCGGAUGAUGAGGGGGAUGAUAGCAGGGCUAACGAUAUGUUCCCGCUACAGAAGGACUACAAAUUCCUUGAGAGUUUUCCCAUUGUUGGUGGCAAGACUGCUAUUUCCCAAGAUCAUCUUGAAAGGGAGAAAUGGAAGGAUGAAAUGUCCAGGAGAAGCAAAGGCCUACCAACAAAGGAAUCACAAGAACACAGCCGACCUUUCGCCCCUGCCCGUCUUCCUAGAAGCAUGGAAUUGGUUGACUCUGAUGAUGAUAUCGCCUCAUGGUUUUCGUGUGGGGAAAAUAAUAAGAAUCUGGAGAAGGCAUCCAUGGAUAUUGGGAUCAAACACCCCCUUAUUCUUCGCUUCCCUAUUUUGUGUGCUGUCCUUGCCUUGCCAGUUGUAUUCCUUUUCCUUUAUGGAGUACUUCCCUUCCCUUGCUGCUGCUCCCCCAGUCUCCCUUCUAGUCUUCUUCCCCUCGACCAUUCUUGGAACUGGAAGAGCCUCACGCGGGGCUUCGAAUAUUCCUUGUCUUGCCGGCGCAGUUUGGCACCAAUUGUCACCGCCGCUUCGGUUCCAGUACGCGUCCCCCUCUCAUCCCGUCUCAAGAAAUCGCAGUUGCAGCACAUGAAGCUGGAGGAAUCGGAGGGGCUCGCCAUGGGGUCCGAGGGACCGUCGGCUCCGGUCGUCGUUCCAAGAAACUUUAGGCUGCUAGAAGAACUAGAACGUGGUGAGAAGGGUAUUGGUGAUGGAACAGUGAGCUAUGGGAUGGAUGAUGCUGAUGACAUUUAUAUGCGGUCCUGGACAGGAACUAUUAUUGGCCCUCCCAAUACUGUUCACGAGGGACGAAUAUAUCAAUUAAAGCUGUUCUGUGAUACAGAUUAUCCAGAUAAACCACCAACUGUUCGAUUUCAGACCCGAAUCAAUAUGACAUGUGUGAACCAAGAAACUGGAUUGGUUGACCCGAGGCUAUUUCCUAUGCUUGGAAACUGGCAAAGGGAACAUACAAUGGAGGACAUCCUAACCAGCUUGAAAAGGGAGAUGUCUACUCCUCAGAAUCGCAGGCUGCACCAACCUCAAGAAGGUAAUGAAGACCAAAGAGUAGAGCAGAAAGGGCUAUCUGUUAAAUGUGUCAUCAUGUAAGAGAUGUGCAUUGCAAUGUACAGCAUCGGGCUGAGUAGCAUGACUGCAUGAGAUGCAGAAGUGAGAAACCCUCUCAGGAAAUCCUGUAAUUCAUCCAAAUUGCGCAAGCGUUGCAAUAAAGUAUUGAUGACUCUGUUAAUUUGCCUGCGCACCGUGUAACAUGUAACCCCAUUCAGGUUUGAGUUUUUGCAUCCCUUGUUCUGCCUGUUUGUAACACUCUGUACGGUUGGGUUAUCUGUCUAGGCCUGGUAUUUUCUUCUGGGACA